AUGGACGCCUACGCCGACAGGGUCGGCCGGAGCGUCCUGCUCGAGCUCAUCAGCACGGAGACAGACCCAAGAAAGGGAGGCCCCAAGAAGAGCAAGAAGUCGAAGCUGGUGAGGUGGUUCGAGAAGCGGGACGUCAAGGCGGAGCUGGUGGUGUACACGGCGGAGUUCACCGUCGACGCGGCCUUCGGCGAGCCGGGCGCGGUCACCGUGCUCAACCGGCACCAGCUCGAGUUCUUCAUCGAGAGCAUCCUGGUGGAGGGCUUCCCGUCCGGCCCGGCGCACUUCACCUGCAACUCGUGGGUCCAGCCCACCCGCGUCGACCCGGCCCCGCGGGUCUUCUUCACCAACAGGCCCUACCUGCCGUCCAAGACGCCGCCGGGGCUGAGGGAGCUCCGGCGACGGGAGCUCAAGGAGCUGCGCGGCAGCGGCACCGGCGUGCGCAAGAUCACCGACCGGGCCUACGACUACGACGUGUACAACGACCUGGGCAACCCGGACAAGGGCGAGGGGUUCGAGCGCCCCGUCCUCGGCGGCGACAAGCUGCCGUACCCGCGCCGGAUGCGGACGGCACGGCCAAGCACCGUCACAGGCGACGAGGGCGCGGAGAGCAGGGUGGAGUACCCGGAGCCCAUCUACGUGUCGCGCGACGAGGAGUUCGAGGAGGGCAAGAACGAGAUGCUGUCCGAGGGCGCCAUCAAGGCGCUGCUCCACAACUUCAUGCCGCUGCUGGUGAGCUCCGUCUCGCCGGACAGCCGCGACUUCGCCGGCUUCCACGACGUCGACAACCUCUUCAAGGAGGGCCUCCGCCUCAAGCAGGCCCUCCACGACCAGCUCUUCCAGAAGAUCCCCUUCGUGCGCAAGAUCCAGGAGAACAGCGAGGGCCUCCUCCGCUACGACACCCCCGACAUCAUCAAGAAGGACAAGUUCGCGUGGCUGCGCGACGACGAGUUCGCGAGGCAGGCGCUGGCUGGCAUCAACCCCGUCAACAUCGAGCGGCUUCAGGUGUUCCCGCCGGUGAGCAAGCUUGACCCGGCUGUCUACGGCCCGCCGGAGUCGGCCAUCACGGAGGAGCACAUCAUCGGGAACCUGGACGGCAUGUCGGUGCGGCAGGCGCUGGAGGAGAACAAGCUCUACAUGCUGGACUACCACGACAUCUUCAUGCCUUUCCUGGACCGGAUCAACUCGCUGGACGGCCGGAAGGCCUACGGGACGCGCACGCUCUUCUUCCUGACGGCCGGGGGCACGCUGAAGCCCAUCGCCAUCGAGCUGUGCCUGCCGCCCAUGACCGACGACUGCAAGCGCGCCAAGCGGGUGUUCACGCCCCCCGCCGACGCCACCAGCAUCUGGCUGUGGCAGCUCGCCAAGGCCCAUGUCUGCUCCAACGACGCCGGCGUCCACCAGCUCAUCAACCACUGGCUGAGGACGCACGCGUGCAUGGAGCCCUUCAUCAUCGCGGCGCACCGGCAGAUGAGCGCCAUGCACCCCAUCUUCAAGCUGCUCAAGCCGCACAUGCGCUACACGCUCAAGAUCAACGCGCUGGCGCGGCAGAUCCUCAUAAACGGAGACGGCGUCAUCGAGUCGGGGUUCACCCCUGGCCGCUACUGCAUGGAGAUGAGCUCCUUCGCCUACGACAACCUCUGGCGGCUCGACCAGGAAGGCCUCCCCGCCGACCUCAUCAGAAGAGGUAUGGCGGUGGAGGACGCGAGCCAGCCGCACGGGCUCCGGCUGCUCAUCGAGGACUACCCCUACGCCACCGACGGGCUGCUCCUCUGGUCGGCCAUCGCGCGGUGGUGCGAGGCCUACGUGGCGGCCUACUACCCGUCCGACGAGGCCGUGCAGGACGACUACGAGCUGCAGUCGUGGUACACAGAGGCCGUGCAGGUGGGGCACCCGGACAAGCGCGACGCGCCGUGGUGGCCGCGCCUCACGACGGCCGGCGACCUCGCGUCCCUGCUCACCACGCUGGUGUGGCUGUGCUCGGCGCAGCAUGCGGCGCUCAACUUCGGCCAGUACCCGCUCGGCGGCUACAUCCCCAACCGGCCGCCGCUCAUGCGCCGGCUGGUGCCGGCCGAGGGCGACCCGGAGUACGAGCACCUCGUCGCGGACCCGCACCGGUUCUACCUGUCGGCGCUGCCCAGCCUCACGCAGACGACGACGUUCAUGACGGUCAUCGACACGCUCUCCACGCACUCCGCCGACGAGCAGUACCUCGGGGAGCGGCCCAACGAGUGGACGGCGGACCCGGCGGCGCUGGCUGCCGCGCGCGAGUUCGCCGCGGAGGUGCGCCGCGCCGAGGAGGAGAUCGAGCGGCGCAACGCCGACCCCUCCCGGCGCAACCGCUGUGGCGCCGGCGUGCUGCCGUACGAGCUCAUGGCGCCGUCGUCCGGGCCGGGCAUCACCUGCCGAGGCGUCCCGAACAGCGUCACCAUCUAG